AUGACUCACUCUCUGAUCUGGCGAGCCCUAGUGGCUAUCACCCUGACGGGUUCAGCUUCUGCAUAUCCCCAUCAAACAUACCCAAACGUCGUCCCACGUGCCGGAUGCCCCAUCCCUGACAUCUGCACCUGGGGAAGUUGCACCAACACCACUAUUGGUCUUGAUCCCCGAAACUGCGGCAAGUUCGGUAGCUCUUGUGAGCCCUCGGAGAUCUGUGUUGCCGGCCAGUGUCUCCCGCUUGAUCUCGGUACAUACGAUUGUCCUACCGAUUGCAAGCCUGGUCAACUGUGCAACAAUGGCGAGUGUGUCUCCAUCGAGAUUGCAGUCGAUCCUCUUCACUGUGGAGGAGAAUCCUGUAAUUCGUCUUCUCUCUGCAUCAAUCAACAAUGUCAAAAGCUCGACAUCGGCUCAGAUCCUGCAUCCUGUGGCCCUUCCAAUACCAAGUGCGGUGCGGGAAGCUGGUGUCUCUACGAUACUUGCAUUCCUUUUAUCCUCGGCACCAACGUUCAGGCCUGCGAUGAGAGAACUUCGUGUUCUCUCGGUACGUCUUGCGAAGAUGGCUACUGCCGACAAAUAUUCCUUUCGACCGAUAUAAAUAAUUGCGGAGAAGAUUCCAAGGCCUGCACUGCUGGGCAAGUUUGCGUCUCUGGGCAAUGUCAGUCCCUUGAUGACGAAGAUGCAAACCAGAACUGUGACACACCCUGCGAACCUGGCUCACGGUGUAUGAGUGGUGAAUGCAUAUCGAUCAGUAUCUCGACCGAUACUUCUCAGUGCGGCAGUAGCACAGAACCAUGUGGCAAGGGACAAGUCUGUGUCUCUGGGCAGUGUAUUAGCAACCUGGUUCACCGGGAGAGCAUCCCCAAGACAACUUGUAGUCCUUCUACGCGUCUAGGGGGAUUCACUUUCGGGCCAGGGGGAUCUUCAGACCAGAACAACAAUGGAGGCGGUCGAGAAGGUUCUCCCGAUGGCGCCACUUCGGGACAGGGCGGGAAUCAGCAAGGAGGAGACUCUACGUCAAGCAACAACGGCUCUGGCAGCUCUCCUGGUGACACUUCAGGCGGAGGUGGCCAGACUCAAGGUGGCCAAGGUGGCCAAGGCGGUUACCCGGGCGGCUUCCCGGGCUCACGUCCAGGUUCCAACUCUGGUUCUGGGAACAACCAGGGUGGCCCCGAUAACUUUGGCGCUGGUCGUCCUGGUCCUGGAGAGAAUGGCAACGGAUUCCCAUCUUCUGCAUGCGAGCCAGAGUGUGCAUCAAACUUCAUCUGCGUUAGCGGAGAGUGCCUCUCGGUAUCGGACCCCUUAUCUUGCGGACCCUCCACCAACCCCAACCGCCUCUUCCAUCGUCAAAACGCUGUUUGUCCACCAGGCUAUGCCUGUAUCGACGAUCGUUGCGUCCGAGUAGAUGGGCCCAUCAGCUGCGGCGGCUCUAUCUGCCCUGCCAACUAUGCCUGUAUCCAGGAAGCGUGCGUCCCUCUUGGAGAUCCCACCGACUGCGGUGGUGAGACGUGUGCCAGUGAUGAGAUCUGCUUGGGUGAUACCUGUGUAUCGAACCCGGCAUUGGCUAGCUGUGUUGGUGUUGUCUGCCCUCCCGGACAGGUAUGCCAGAAUGGAGACUGUAUUGCCGCCGGUUCACCUGGUGCAAACGGUAAUCCUCAGGGCAAUGGUGGUAGACCCGGCGGUGAUGGUGGUUCCUCCGGUGGUGGUUCCGGUAACGGUGGUUCCAAUGGAGGCAAUGGAGGAUCUGGCAACGGUGGAAGUGGCAAUGGAGGCACAGGUGGUGGAUCUAAUGGAGGAUCGCCAGGCGGUAACGGUGGUUCUCCAGGUGGUGGUUCUGGAAACGGACCAGACAGCGGCAACCCGGAAGGAAACGGUGGCCGCCCUGGUCCGGACCUUGGCGGCGACGGCUCUUCUACUGGCAACGGUGGUGGAGAUGGUGGUGCCACUGUAACCUCACCACCACCAGGCACUGCUACGCGCUCGGGAGCUGGGAAUCUUCCAGGUUCGACAGCAUCCAGUGCUGAUGCCAGCGACGAUGCGCCUAUCGUCAAUCCUGGUCCUGGCACGACUGGCACCGAUGGACUCUCAGCUUCAACCACUAGCAUUCGAGGUGGUCCGGAUGGUAACGGUGGCUCAACUGCAUCAGGUGGCGGUGGUGGAGAUUCUCCUACUGAGACCGACGCUGCUACGUCUGAUGCAGGACCCAUCGUCGGGCCUGGAUCUGAUUCAACAGACCUUUCGGGUGCCAGCACGAGACUAACAGGUGGCGCAGAAGGUGGGGGAGGCUCUGAGAUUACGCUCAGCGGAACUGCUUUGCCCACUGACACCAGCGGGGAGUCUCCUACCGACGGCGGUAGCUCCGCGGCCGGCGGUGCUGGUACCGAUACGACGGACAUUGUCAACCCUGGAGCACCUACUACUGACGGAAGUGGUAUCUCAGCUUCUGAAACUGGUGCCACUGAUUCUUCUGGUGCUACUGACUCCGCUGGUUCUACUGGUACCAAUGUGGAUGGACAGACAGAGACAGCCUCCACUACUCAAGCCGCAACUGCUGCGCCAACGGAAACUACACCGUGCUCCACAGACGACGAUUGUCUUCUCAAUGUCGCUCUCUGUGUUUUCAACGGCCUCAACAUCUGCACCUGCGUCGACGGAGUCUGCACGCAGCAGCCUGGAGGUCCUGAAGGUUCGGGAGUCACCGGCUCUGACCUUGGAACUUCAACUGCAGGCAACGGAGAGCCAACUGAUAGUGCUGGUUCGACAAUUACCGAUGGUGCUGGAGAGACUGCUACUACAACGGGAGACCCGGCUGCCACAUCGGCAGUGUCGUGUUCGGCAGGUGACGAUUGUCUGGCUAAUGCUGUCUUUUGUUCAGAUGGCCUACUCAACCUAUGCAUUUGCGUUGAUGGCAUUUGCAUUCUCGACCCUGCUUUGGCUUCAACCACUGAUGUCAACAACGGACAGACGACGACCGUCCAGGAUGCCACAACCACCGACGCAGAAGCAGCCGCAACAUCAUCAGCCGUUGCUUGUACGACAGACGCUGACUGCUUGGCCGAUCUUGGCCUUUGUGUGGAUGGUCUACUCAAUCUCUGCGUUUGCGUAGAUGCUGUCUGCAUUCUCGAUCCAGCGUUAGCCACUACCACUGCAGAUGCUACUGGCACAGCGACCCAGCCAGCUCCAACGGAGACGACUGCGGUUGCUUGCUCCACGGCCGAUGACUGCACUGUCAAUGUGGACCUCUGUAUCAUUGGGGGGCUCAACCUUUGUGUCUGCCUCAACGGAGUCUGCGUUGCUGACCCAGACGAUCAGGAAACAACCGCUGCGAACCCUACCGCAACGAACACUGGACCAGGAGCUACUUCAACAGCAGUAGCUUGCUCUACAGCUGAUGAUUGCGCUGUCGAUGCGGAUCUAUGCCUCGAUGGAUUGAUCAACCUUUGCGUCUGUCUCAAUGCUGUCUGCGUUAAUCCUGGAGGAGGUAAUGACCAGACGACUACAGAGACUGGUGCUGGUGGAGGACCUACUACAGCGCCGGUAGCUUGUACUACCGCCGAUGACUGUGUCGCUGACGCCGAUCUCUGCUUAGACGGCCUGCUGAAUCUAUGUGUCUGUCUCAACGCCGUCUGCGUUAAUCCUGGAGGAGGUAAUGACCAGACAACUACAGAAACUGGCGCCGGCGGAGGACCUACUACAGCUCCAGUGGCCUGUAGUACCGCCGACGACUGUGUUGCUGAUGCUGAUCUCUGCUUGGAUGGCCUACUGAACCUAUGUGUCUGCUUGAACGCUGUCUGCGUCGUAGCAAACCCUGGGGGUGAUCCGACUGAAACAACUGAUCUGCCGCCUGAAAACACAAGAACUCCAUGUUCCACCAACGGUGACUGCACAGCUAAUGCGGCACUCUGUCUGGACGGGUUGCUCAACAUUUGCGUUUGCCUCGAAGGUCUAUGUAUCGUCAACCCCGUCGUCAAUCCGACUGAAACGACUGCUCCAGUACCGACAGAGACCGCUACAACUUCGUGCAACACAGCCGAUGACUGUACCGCCAAUGCUGGCCUCUGCUUAGACGGGCUUCUCAAUAUUUGCCUCUGUGUCAAUGCAGUUUGUGUACCGUCGCCAGGCGGUGGUGGUAACAAUGGCGACCCUUGCACUGUCGACUCUGAUUGUACUGCUGCCGGAGCUAUAUGCCUCGACAGUGGUGUCUGUGGACCUGAUCCAGGAAACACGCCAACUUCGUGUACUACAGCCGACGACUGCACUGCCAACGCCGCUCUCUGUUUAGAUGGUCUGUUGAACCUCUGCGUUUGUCUAAAUGCUGUCUGUGUACAAGCUGGAAACGGUGGCGGCGAUGGUGAUACCUGUACAGAUAACGGUGACUGUACUACCGCCGGGUCUAUUUGUCUUGACAGCGGCGUCUGCGGACCUGAUCCAGGCAACAAUCCAACUUCAUGUACUACGGCAGAUGAUUGUACGGCAAACGCUGGCCUUUGCCUCGAUGGGCUUCUCAACAUCUGCGUUUGUCUCAACGCUGUCUGUGUACAGGCCGGAGGGGGCGGCGGAGGAGGUAAUACUGGCGAUGCAUGCACCGGCAACGCUGACUGCACCACCGCAGGAGAUGUAUGCACCAACGGCGUAUGUACAGCAGCAGGAGGCGGAGGCACAGACGCUUGUGUUGACGCCAACGAUUGCCUCCUCUCAGUCAAUCCUCUUUGCGCUCUUGGUCUUUGUGUCUGCGUCGAUGCAGUCUGUACUACUUCUCCCGAUGUUGACGAAUGUACCUCCAACGCAGGUUGCAGCGCUGGAGCUACAUGUCAAAAUGGUGUUUGUGUUGACAACACCGAUUGCACUGGUGCUGCAGAUUGUCUCGCUAACCUUGAUAUUUGCGUUCUUCCGGGGGUUUGUGCUUGUGUCAACGGUGUCUGUGGACUUGUUGGUAAUGGACCUACGCCGGAGUGCACUGCUGCUGCGGAUUGUCGAACUCUGCCCAGGUGUCGUCUUGGAUUGUGUCUUUGUGUGGCUGGACAGUGCGUUCUCGGGUAA